GUCCACACGCACGAUCUCCGCCACUCACAAACCAGUCCAUGGCCGAAGCGAGUCUUCUGCGACUGGUAUUAUGGUCAAUGCGGCUCCGGUGCGAAGUCUCCCUAAUCUGCGCAACACGAUGUAGUCGAGGCUACUGAGAGUAGUGGUGCGCUCGAUCAACCAGGAAAUUAUGCAGGGCUUCAAAGCGUAUCGAAAGAAGUAAGGAAAAAGGUGACGAUUGUGAUGGAAAGUGACACGGAGUCGAGUGACGUGAUUACUGUACGAAGAAGACGGAAGAGGUCGGUCCGUGAAGCACAACAUAAUCGAAGCACUGCCCAACGUUAUGGGCAAGGAGUGCCAAGCAAGGUCGGAGUGCGUAGGGUCGUCCGCAAUGGCUGUGGAACGCAGCCGCCACCAAUGCAGAAUGGCUGUCGCAGGAAGGUCCGCCAACAGUCAGCGGUGAACGCCGCAGCAGUCCGUGGCGGCGGCGGCGGCGGAGCAGCGCAUAAAACAAGCAGGACCUCGUCCACGAAGCGAAGGCGGACCGUGUACGAUCAGUAUCAACAGCUUAUAGACGGCGCCAAAGCCGAGGUCACGGCAACGAAUGGAGAUCGCUCAGCUCGCCAGCUGGCAGCCUGGGGCGGCAGCAUUGGCGGCGAAGGCGCGCAUACAGCAGACCAAUCCAAAUUCGCAAAGCGUUGCAAACCCGAGUAUGAUAAGUCUAAACAGCUCAUAGGGCUUGCAACAGCUGAGGCUAGACAGGGCCCGAGGGACUGGCGAACCUACUCGGCAUGCUCGUUGGACAACUGUCAUGACAAAGCCGUUUAUUCCCAGUAGCGCCAGCUCCGACGAACAAAAGACUUUGGAAGACGACCAUAAAGAUGAGUGAAGCGUUUUAAGGUCGCUUCGGUGCACGAAGCGCACAAUUCGUUGUGUUCAUGCAUUGCUUGUGCAGUGUUUGCAUUCUACGAUAGGCUCGUCGGCGGUCGUAGCGAAAUAUCUGAAUAGUGUCAUCAUCACGGUAAGGUGAUUUGACCGGACCACAGGAGGUCUGAAGCGGCUAGUUGGUC